CCCGCCAUGCGCAUGACCCGGUAGAGGCUCCACCAUGGAAGACAAACCGCGCCCCAACUUCACCUCCUCGGUGAGCAUCGCCGUGCCCGGGCCCGGGCGCCCCGGCCAGGACGAGGUGGACAGGGCCAUGCCGGCCAUGCCGAACCACGGGCACGACAACGCCGCCUUCGAUGCGGACGAGGCCGUCACCAUCUCGGUGCCCGAGGACGGCGCCAGCGGCCCGCUCAACGGCAGCAUGACCUCCACGGCCUCCACCGUCACGGCCGACGGCACCCCCACCAAGACGGCCAAGGACGGCAUGGCCGAGGCCGUCAACCUGGAGCUGGUCAACAUGAACCCGUUCUCGGCCUCGGAGAAGGCGGCCAUGGAGGAGGCCGCGCCGGCCAACGGCGCCAACGGCCACGGCGGCAACGGCGUCAACGGCAUCCCCAUCAAGAAGGACUCGGCCGAGGACGUGCGGGACCCCUACGACGAGUACUUCGUGCCCGUCAACGAGCAUCGGAAGUGCAUGAGGGGCGAGAAGCUGUACGUGACGAAGGACAAGCGCGACGUCCCUAACGGCCGGCGCUGCCUGUGCUGGGUCGUGGGCCUCAUGUUCCUGGGCCUGGCCCUGCUCCUCAUCGUCCUCGCCGCCACGGGCUUCUUCUCCCAGGGAAGUGCCAAGCAGGUGGACGUGUCCGGGCGCGCGCUCAGCAGCCAGCACGGCGCGUCCAGCCCCGGGCCGUCCUCCGCCUCGCCGCCGCCGUCCAGCACCGCCCUGCCCGACCCGCCCACCACGGACACCUCGCGGCUGUACGUUCCGCGGGUGGUUGACGGCCAGCUGACCAUCCUCAACAUGGACUUCUCGCCCGACCUACGGAACAAGAGCUCGGCCAAGUUCCAGGAGCUUGCGACCAGCCUCGAAGCGGAGUUGAAAGACAUCAUGUUCAGCCCCGAGACCCUCAAGUACGGCGCCGCUGACGUCACCAUCAAGGUCAUGGACUUCAGCCCCGGCAGUGUGGUGGCCAAGUUCCGCGUGGCCUGGGACUGGAAGUCGGGGGUGCAGGGCGUGCAGCAGGAGGCCGCCCCCAUCAACAAGCAGGAGGUGCGCGACCGCCUGCAGAUGUACAUCCGCAGCCACGGCGGCUACGUCUACACCUACCAGAUGCCCGUGGACUCCAUCAAGGCCAACGACCUGAUCGACAAGUGCCAGAUGAACAACGGCGACUGCUCGCACGAGUGCAGGUUCGACAGGGAGCUGCUGACCAACAUGUGCUCGUGUCCGGAGGGCUGGGCCCUCGACGCGGCGGGCUACAACUGCGUGUCUGCAGCCGGUGAAUCUCCCGAACCAGCUCCAUCUACCCAGGACCACGGCCACCAUGACCACGACCACCAUGACCACCACCACCACCAUCACGACGUGGACGCCAAGGCGGAACCAGAGCCGUCCGCCGAGCCCAACCCUGAGCCUGCUCCCGAACCGUCGGCGGAGCCCGCGCCAGAGCCAUCUGCUGAGCCAUCCCCCGAGCCCGCCGCUGAACCAGCGCCCGAACCGUCCGCAGAGCCAGCCCGCGAGCCUGCUGCUGAACCCGCACCGGAACCAUCUGCCGAGCCGGCCCCUGAACCGGCCGCGGAGCCCUCUCCCGAACCUUCGGCCGAGCCUGCCCCUGAGCCAGCCGCUGAGCCGUCUCCCGCACCAUCGGCCGAGCCGGCACCAGAACCAUCUGCCGAACCGUCUCCCGAGCCCGCCGCAGAGCCAUCGCCAGAGCCGUCUGCUGAACCAGCAGCGGAACUCGUUGCCUCGGAGAAGGUCAAGUCGGAGGACCAAUCGGCUCGCCUGUCGGUUGAGCCUGCGGCUGAACCCACCCCUGAGCCCUCCGCGGAGCCUUCACCCGAGCCCUCCGCGGAGCCAUCUCCUGAGCCCGCAGCCGAACCAUCGCCCGAGCCUUCUGCAGAGCCUGCUCCUGAACCAGCUCCUAAACCCGCUGCUGAACCAUCGCCCGAGCCCUCUGCAGAGCCUGCUCCUGAACCCGCGGCCGAACCGUCACCCGAACCUUCCGCUGAACCUGCUCCUGAGCCCCCAGCCGAACCGUCCCCGAAACCCUCCGCAGAGCCCGCCCCGGAGCCAUCCGCUGAGCCUGCACCCGCCGCGGAGCCAACGCCUUCUCCUGAGCCAUCUGCUGAACCUGCUGCUGAACCUAGCCCCGAGCCUGCUGCUGAACCUAGCCCCGAGCCUGCUGCUGAACCUACCCCCGAACCAGCCGCAGAGCCAUCGCCUGAACCAGCAGCAGAACCAUCGCCCGAGCCUGCCGCCGAGCCCUCUGCAGAACCCGCGCCAGAGCCAUCUGCCGAGCCAUCCGCCGAGCCCUCCGCCGCGCCCUCCGUGACGCCUGCGACGGCCUCGUCGCCUCGCCCCCUCGCUGACCUGGACAACGCGGCGCUCAUGGAGAUGGUCGGCAUGUCGGAGGGCCGCAGCCACCGCGGCGACGACGCGGCCCUGGUGGCGGACUUCGCCGACCUGACGGACCAGUCCGCCGUCCUGGUGUCGGCCGCUAGCCAGACCGGAGCCCCGACCACCACCGUCUUGCCGGAGCCGGCUGCGACUGACGCGCCCCUGGACGCCGCCGUCAAGGCCGCCGACAAGGACACUGCCACUGUGGCGGCGCCAGCCGAUGCGGAGGCCAACACCCAGCCCCCCAGGCUGGACAACGAUGAAAUGCACAAGGUGAACCCCCUCGAGAUGAACCCCAACGAGGAUGCCGUCACCGACGUCACCACCGCCAGCGCCGUGGGGCCCAAGGACGCCGCCACGACCCCAGCGACCACUAGCACCGCGGCGCCGUCGUCGGCGGCCUCCGAGGACGCCACCGUCGUGCCCGAAGUGUCGUCGGCUGCGUCCGUGCCGUCCGAGCAGAACGACAUCGACAAGAACAACGACAACGGGCUGGGGGCGAGCGCCGAGGACAGCAAGACGGCCAACAACGACCUGGCCGGCGACGAGGCGGACCAGCUGAUCGCCCUGGACAAGGACGACAAGGCUUCGCUCAAGCAGAAGCUGGACAAGGAGUACUCCAAGAAGUACCUCAACGACGCUGCCAAGGCUGGCGCGGUGGCUGAGGCAUCGACGUCCGCCUCCAGCGACGACGCCGACGCCACGACGCCCAGGUCGGCGCCAGCGGCGGAGGCAGAGACAGCCACGGAAUCGCCCAAGGCAGAAACCACUCCAGAAUCUGCGUCUGCAGAGGUAGCUUCGUCGCCGUCCUCGCCCGCCGAGACCCUGGACACCAACGAGUCCAACCCCAUGAACGUGCCCGUGGUUGUCGUCAGCGACACGGAUAUGGAGACCACCACCGUCGUGGAGGUGACGCCGACGCCGAGCCCCGCGGUGGAGGCCUCCACGUCCGCGUCCCCCGAGGCUCCCGUCACCUCCGCCCUCGUGUCCGAGACCACGCCGUCCGAGACCACCGCGUCUGGCGCACCGGCCUUCCCCCACGCCAUCUUCUCCAAGUGCGCUGCCGGGCAAUUCCAAUGCACCAACGGCACUUCCCGCGAGGGUGCAUACUGCGUCCCUCUUUCGUCGAAGUGCGACUCCGUCAACGACUGCUCGGAUGGCUCAGACGAGGCCAAAUGCAUCGAGGAGGGAUGCCCCGGUAACUUCCAGUGCUCCAACAAUCAAUGCCUGAAGAGGCACCUUGUUUGCAAUGGUAUUGUGGACUGCAAUGAUGGAAGUGAUGAAAUGGGCUGUGAAAACUGGCAAUGUCAGUUCGAUGAGUUCCAGUGCCCCUCAAAGCGCUGCAUCCCUGUGCUCUCACAGUGUGAUGGCAAGCCGGACUGUGAUGAUCAUAUGGAUGAACGAAACUGCCAAGACUCAUGUGGUAAUGACGAGUUCCACUGCCCUGAGGGAUGGUGCAUACAACUUACUCAGCGUUGUGAUGGGAUGUCAGACUGUGCGAAUGGAGAAGAUGAACUUCUCUGCGAUUGUGCCCUGGACCAGUUCAAGUGCCAUACUGGAGGAUGUAUAUCCAAAGCGGAAGUCUGUGAUGGAGUCGAUCACUGCCCCGACUUGAGUGAUGAGUGGAACUGUAUUCGUCUUGACAAUGAAACAUCUUAUCUUCAAAUUAGGAAUGCUGACGAUGAAUGGUCACCUGUUUGCGGAAACCACUGGGACUCAAAGUGGAGUGAUAUGGCUUGCCAAAGUUUGGGCUUCAGUCAAUCUGCAUCAACAGAGUUCCAAGCUUCAAAUAGCAGCAAUUUUAUGAGCCUGAAAGAUGAUGCUACCCUCAAUGUCGCAACUGCUGAUGGUCAUCGUCUUCAUAGCAUGUUGAAAAGUACUAAGGAGGGAUGUGCUGAGGGUGCUGUUGAACUUCAAUGCCAAGAGUUUACAUGUGGAACUCAUAGCCCAUCUGCAGAGAGUAUUGCUGGGCGUCUGGCUGGUGGGGAUGGAGCUGCUAGCGGCUCCCAACCAUGGGUCGCUAUCCUUUACAACAGUCGUGUUAAAAGUAGCUGCACUGCCAGCAUCAUUAGUCCUCGCUGGCUGCUGGCAUCGUACAACUGUCUGCACACGAAAGAUAAGACCUUAUCAAAUAAGGAUUGGAUUGCCUACGCAGGAGGAUCAAUGUUUGAUAAAAAUAUGGACACUCAGAUGCGCAGUGUACACUCUAUAGUGCCAUACCCCCAAGUCAAGUAUAAUCAGUUGCUUUACACACACGAUAUUGCUCUAGUUGAGUUGCAAAAUCCUCUCCAAUUGACAAACAAGGUUGGAGCAAUUUGUCUCCCAGAGAAGGAAGUAGAGCCAGAACAAAUUUGUGUGACAGCUGGAUGGGGAUUCUCCAAUCCAGGAGAGACCAAUUUUAGUCAAUAUUAUUUGCCAGUCCCAUUGAUGGAUGUGAGUGUAUGCAAUUCAACAAAGCACUAUGCUGGAAAGAUUUCAAAGGACAGUAUAUGCGCAGGGUUCACUGAUACUGAGAAGUCCCCAUGUUACAACGACGAAGGCAGCCCAUUGAUGUGCUCCAAUGAGAAUAGCGUGUGGGAACUUCAAGGGGUGCUCAGCUAUCACAGCAACUGUGGCAGAGGUCAUCAUCCAUCAGUAUUUAGCUCUAUUUCCAAUGUUAGAUUUUGGAUUGAACGCACAGUUGGCAGCUUUAAGAGAAAAACGAGUUUUAAUGUUAGAAGGUGAUCUCUUUGUAAAUUAAAUAUCAGAUGCCAAGUCAGCUUUGUGUUUUUGAUGCGAUCGCAUGUAUGUUAAUGUGCUCAACAUAAUGUAAAGCAAUGUGUUGAUAGUUCUUAUGUUUUCAGUGUUAAUAGUCAUCUCUGAAAUGUAAUGAAUGAGGAAAUUCAUUGUCCAUUGUGAUUUAAAUGCUUGAAUUAGUUUAAUCAUUGAAGUAGCAAUGUGGGACCCAAGGAGAACAGGGCAGUUACUCCGAGCUCAUUUUGGAGUCAUUCGACUUGACUAAGAUGUCACUUGUUAAGUUCCUUGUGCCAAACUUUUGACUAUGGUGGACCAAAUUUAUUUUAUUUUCAUGUUUUGGUAACUAUCUUGCUCUCCUAGGAAUGUAUGUUUUUCUAAGACUGCAAACAGAACUGCACCUUUUCUCCUGCCUUUAUCAUAAUUUUGUUAUCUUUCUAUCUUUGUUUUAAAAAUUAGCAAUAUUUGUUUCCUGACUGCUCUACUGUGCUGGUCACAGUGUCAGAUUUUAACUGUGAAUGUUUUGCACUGUUGAUUUUAUACCUUAAUCAAUGAAAAUUUUAAACCCAAUGACCAUUAUUUUGUUGCCCUCCCCAGUAAGGGCAUCUUGGUAGUGUAUAGUUAAAUUAAGUAGUUGCUAGUCACUAAUACAUUGCUUUGCAGUGUAUUUGUCAGACUAGGCUGUUGAUGAAGAUAGUACGUGGUAUGAAUAUUUACUAUCAGCUAGACUGUAACAGCUACAGAAUUUUAACCUUUCCAUUGAAUUUUAUCAUGGGACCAUUCCAAGUUCUGUCAACAGACGAAUUUUAAGAUGCUGCUAUUAUGAAUUAUUAGGGUACAUGGAUUCCAAUCCUAGGAUAUUGUAAAUUUAUUAUGAAUUUAUAAAUAAGGCAUUGUAUAAAGUAUUGUAACUAUCUAUUCUUCAGCAUCUGUUAAUCAUCCUCAAGGUGGUGGAUUCCAUGUUCAAUUGUUACCUUUUGAUGUAGUUUGUAAAUGUGCUGUGCUCAUAUUUUUACUAUUUUAUUUGUAAUACAAAUUUACAAUAAGUUAUACCUAUAUUUGGAGAAUUGACUGCAGAACGCAGCUCCUCCCUCUCUACUUAUCAGACAUUCCGCCCCUUAGAUGUACUGUAUGUAUUUGUUUAUUAUGUAAAGUGUGUGUGAUAAUUUUUGAAAGAUUUUGUAUGUGUAAAUCUUGAGUGAAUCAGAGACUGUUGAUAGUGAUAAGAUCACAUUAAUCAUUAUUUUAGGUGACAAAUGAACUGUUUCCUCACUAGAGAGUGAUUCACCACAAGCAUGUAAAAUUGUAAAUAUGAAUAACAUUAAGACUUUAAACUUAUUGCAGAUGUAAAUGUUUUAGUUAACCGUCAUCAUCAUUACCCUCAUCACUAUGUUCUGUCAGCCAAUUGCGAUGCCAUUGUCACUAAGACUUCUUCCAAGAUAAUCUCCCCCUAUUUGUCUGCUUUUGAAAGAAAAGAAAAACUGUCACAUUUGUCUUUUUUCUUAUUAUAGCAGCGACAAAUAAAUAAGUUUUAACAAA